CAAUAGAAAAUAGGUUCAAUUUAACAUUUUAGAAAAAAAACAAUGAUCAUACCAACAAUAAAUAUAUCGACAUUAAUCCUAUUACAAUGGAUAUUAUUAUCAAUGAUAAUUUAUUCAUUAAUUUCAUUAUUAAAAUGGUUACAUUUUAAAUGGAAUCGAUUCGAUUGUUUUCAUAAACAAUCGAUACCAUAUCCACAAUCAUCAUUUUGGUUUGGUAAUCUACAAGAAUAUCAACAAAAUCCAUAUGAAACAUUGAAUAAAUGGUGUCAACAAUAUGGUCAAUGUUUUGGCUUUUUUCAUUGUGAUUGUCCAAUAUUAGUGAUUAAUGAUCGUGAUGCUGUACAGGAAUUACUCGUUAAACAAGGAUCAAAAUUUCCUAAUCGUCAAAAAAGUAAUAUCGAAUUAGAACCAUUUAAAUCAUCAUUAUUACAUCUAAAAGAUAAAUCAUGGCGUCAUUCACGUCGAGUACUAACGCCACCAUUUACGGCACAUAAAAUCGCAAUGGAUUCAACUCGUCAGGCAAUCAAUUUGUCUGUAAAACGGUUAUUACAUUCUAUGGAAAAAAAAUUAUCGAAAAUCAAUAAUAAUGAUAAUGAUAAUGAUAAUCAAUUGAAUAUUACACAACAUAUGAAUUCAAUUACAUUGGAUGUGAUAUGUCGUUUAGCAUUCAAUAUGAAUGAUACUGAUGUACAUGAUGAUUAUUCAGAAUUUCGUCAAAUGGUUGUUGAUUUUAUGCAAAAAACAGAGAAUCCAAAUCUUCGAAUUAUUGAAUAUUUUCCAAUAUUUUCAAGGUUGUUUAAAAUUUUAUACUACAUGUUUGGUAAUGGGAAAUUAUUACGAACAAUCACGGAUAAUCUUCAUGAAGAGAUUGCUAAAUAUUAUCAAGAAAAAAUUCGUAAUCAUUUUGAUGAACAAAAUCGAAAUAAUCAUAAUGAUGAUGAUGAUGAACGAAAAAAACGUAAAGUAAACAUGUUGGAUUUUAUGAUCGAACAACAAGAAUUGGGUAAUAUCGAUGAACAACAGCUGAUCGGUAAUGCAGUGGUCAUAUUGUUGGCUGGUUAUGAAACCACUGCCACUGGAUUAUCAUUUACAUUAUAUCUUUUAGCUAAAUAUCCAGAAUGGCAAGAAAAAUUACGUGAACAAAUAAUGACAAAUUUUGACAAUGAUAAAAAUGAUGAUUAUUGUCAAUUUGAUCAGAAUCGCCAAGAAUUAUUGGAUCGUAUCUGGUAUGAAUCAUUACGGCUAUAUCCACCGGUUAUUUCAUUCAUAACACGACGAUUAGAAACUGGUGUUGAUGAAUGUUUUAUUGAAAGUUUAAACCUAACGAUCACAAAAGAAAUGACCAUUAUGGUGCCUACAUGGUCAUUACAUCAUAAUGAAAAAUAUUGGCCUCGACCAAAUCAUUUUGAUCCAUAUCGACAAGAUCUACCUAUACCUGGUGUGGUAACAUCAGUAAAGAAUACCGCAUUUCAAGCAUUUGGUAGUGGUCCACGUAAUUGUAUCGGCGGCAAUUUAGCCAUAUCUGAAUCAAGAGCCGUUAUUACAGCAUUAUUGCGACAUUAUCGUUUUGAUUUGAUUGAUGAAAAUAAUCCUGAAACAGAUUCAAAUACUGGAUUAUUGAAACUUUGUUGUCCAACAGUAAUCAUACAUCCAUUGAAAAAUAUCAGACUUCGUGUGACAAAAAUUUGAAUUUUUUAUCAUUCAAAAAAAAUGAUCAUUUUUAGUUUAUUCAUGUUUUUUCUUUCAAAAAAUCAACUGUUUCAUUAAUCAACAGGUAGAAAACAUAGCCCAUACCAACAAAACAGCCAAAAUAAUGAUGAAUGUAAGAGCGAAAACAAAAACGGAAAUUCCCAUUCAAUAAUCGAUUGAAUGUCAAAAUAUAA